GACUUUGAUUUACUGUUUGAUUGAUUAUCUUCCUCAUUUAUAUAGUUUCUUGUUGACUGAACUAAAUUCUUGUCAUAUUCCUGAUUCAUUUGGUUUUGUCUACAGUGGUAUUCAAGAAAAUGAGUUACAACGCCAAUGGUCCAAAGCUUGAUUUGAAACUGAAUUUAUCCCCACCAAGGGCAUAUAUUCAUGUUGAAUCUCCCAAUCGAUCAAUUUCUUCUUCAGAUAUAUCAUCUCCAAGUUCAUGUUUGUCUCUGGAAGUUAGCUCGGAUGAAACUCUACGAAGCCCUGAAUCGACUGCGAUGAUGCUGGUCGGUUGUCCUCGAUGUCUCAUGUAUAUUAUGCUAUUGGAAAAGGACCCGAAAUGCCCAAAAUGUAAGAGCACUGUUUUGCUUGACUUUCUGCAAGAGGACACUACAAGGAAAUCAAAGAAGUGAAGGUCUAUUAGUCUUUUGCUAAGUCUUCAUCAAGAAUGUUACUGCUUUUCACUCCAAUUGCUCACUAUUUUGCUUCUUUGAUUGUUGUUGGUGUUAUCUUCCUUUAAAAAAAAAAGGAAUUUUUGUAUUGUCCACAGGGCAGAGACUAAUGAAGAAGUUUUCUAUUGAA